AUGGAUCGAAGGUUACUUUGGGUUACUGAUUCGGGUAACGUUGAUGCUUUAUAUGCUCUAAUUCACAAGGAUCCAUAUAUUUUACAAAACAUUGAUGUUUUACCUUUCGUCCACACACCUCUCCAUGAAGCUUCAUCAACCGGAAAGACAGAUUUGGCGAUGGAACUGAUGGUUUUAAAACCAACUUUUGCCAAAAAACUAAACUCGGAUGGGGUUAGUCCUUUGCAUCUCGCUGUCGAAAACCACCAAGUUCAGUUAGCACUAGAACUAGUCAAGAUUAAUCCUGAUCUCGUUCUUGUUGCUGGGAGAAAAGGCAUGACACCACUACAUCUUGUAGUAAAAAAGGGCGAUGCCAACCUUCUUACUGAGUUCUUACUGGCUUGUCCUGAGAGCAUCAAAGACACGAACGUGAAUGGCGAGACUGCUCUACAUAUUGCGGUGAUGAAUGAUAGAUACGAAGAGCUCAAAGUGCUCACAGGAUGGAUACAUAGAUUGCACAAAAGCGAUGCUGCAUCUACUGAGAUUCAUGUCUUGAACAAACGUGAUCGUGAUGGCAACACGAUCUUGCAUCUUGCGGCUUAUAAGAAUAAUCAUAAGGUAGUCAAAGAACUAUUAAAAUGCAUAUCGCUGAACCGGGACAUCCAAAACAAAGGUGGUAUGACAGCCCUUGAUAUUUUACGUACUAAUGGAUCUCACAUGAACAUAAAAACAGAGAAAAUAAUUCGACACUCAGGGGGUAAGAGCGGGGUUUCUCUAUCAAAAGUUAAGACCGCAUCUGUCUUCUUGAGAUCGCCCAUAACUUUUGUAGAAUAUUGCUCCACGACAAUGACUCGCUAUAAGAACCGCAUGUCCGACGGAACACGAAAUGCCCUUCUAGUAAUAACAGCUCUGAUUAUCACAGCUACAUAUCAAACUGCCGUCCAACCGCAAGAUAAAGAUGAAAUAUAUUACACGGGAAAUAUCAUGAUAAAUGUGUUGUUUGUGUGGGGAUUCAAUACUAUAGCAUUUUGCUUGGCUAUUGCCUUGACAUUUAUACUCUUACCUGUUGGUAAAGCAUAUAAUUGGUGGUACAUCUUUAUUUCGGUGCCUCUCGUUUGUUCUUACGCACUUUCCAUGUUUCUCAAGUAUAUACAAUUCCCGAUAUUAUGUAUGCCUUUAUACUUGAUGAUGGCAUUUAUACUCGGAUUUCUAAUCUAUGUAUUUGUACUAUACGUGGGAUGGAAGAGGGCUAAGCAGGAGAAGGUACCAGAACCAAAAAGUGAGCUGACUUUUGAAGGCUUCACGUCUAUGACCUAAGCCAAUGAUCGACCUUCACAGGAUGUUGGGAGCAUUAUUCAUGUUUGAUUGUAAGUUUGUUAAUACGCUUUGUACAAACAUAUUCCAAUGUUUUUGAG